UGUAUGGUUUUAAAAGUUAAGGGAUGUAUUUUAUCCUGUUUUGAAGUUCAGAGAUGAAAAAUAGACUUUCGCAAAAAUUGAGGGAGUGGACUUCUUUCUAUCCGCUCUCCUCGAAAGAAUUUUUCUUGGAGCCACAGGCCCACACCACAGCGAGGCCUGCAGCCGGUGGCAUCGCAUCACGGAUCGCGCCAUCGCCCAUGCACCCCCUCACGCUCUCCUCCACCGCGCUCCUCCGCCUCAUCAAGUCGCUCUCGCCGGCGGCGGGGCCGAGGGCCCACCUCGCGGCCGCGGCGAUCCACGGCCUCCUCUUCAAGGAAGGGCUCCUCCACGCCGGGUCGCACCUCCCCACGGCGCUGCUGUCGGCCUACGCAGCGCUCGGGAGGCCGCGCCACGCGCGCGACCUGUUCGACGAGAUGCCCGACCCGGGCCUCGUCACCCGCACGGCCAUGGCUCGCGCGCACGCGGCGUCCGGGCAGACGGCCCAGGCGCUCGCCGUGUUCGGGGACAUGCUCGCGGACGGCGUCCUCCCCGACAACGUGGCCCUGGCAGUCGCGCUCGCGGCGUGCCAUGGGACAGGCUCGUUCCCUGCAGCUCUGGGGAUGGCGGCGGCCAGGAGACCUGGGAAGAUGGUGCAUGCCCUUAUUGUGACAAGUGGAAUUGUCCCGGAUGUGUUCGUCUCCACUGAGCUGAUCAGGUUGUACGGGGAGUACGGCGAGCUCUUGGUCUCCCGGAGGUUGUUUGAUGCGAUGCCGGUGAAGAGCACUGUUUCGUGGAACGCCAUGGUGCAUCAGUAUAUCAGGCACAGCAAUGUUGGAGAUGCGUAUGAGCUGUUUCUUGCAAUGCCAAAGAGGGAUGUAGUGUCAUGGAACACGAUAAUUGCCGGGUACUGCCUCAUUGGCCGAUUUAUGGAGGCGCUAGAACUGUUCCGUCAGAUGAUGUCGCCAUCCUCAUGUCCGGUGCAUCCAAACGGACCUACAAUUAGCACUGUCCUUGCUGCUUGUGCGGGUGCAGGUUGUUUAGAGACUGGGAUUUGGGUCCAUGCGUACAUUGACAGGAAUCGCAUGAAUGACGAUGGGUCAUUGGAUCGGUCCUUGAUAGACAUGUACGCCAAAUGUGGAAGCAUUGAAAAAGCCCUUCAGGUGUUUGAAAAGGCACCUGGGAAGAGGGAUCUGUACUCUUGGACGACUGUGAUUUGUGGACUGGCAAUGCACGGUAAGGCAGCUGAUGCUCUAAGAAUGUUUGGCAUGAUGCAAGACAAUGGUAUACGACCAGAUGAUGUUACUCUUGUUGGGGUCCUUAAUGCUUGCGCACAUGGUGGACUUGUAGAUGAAGGCCUUCACCACUUCUACUCUUUAGAGAAGUAUGCAAUCACACCCAAAAUUGAACACUAUGGAUGUGUCAUUGAUCUUCUUGGUCGUGUUGGGCGAUUGCAAGAAGCAUACAGCAUUAUCAGGACCAUGCGGAUGAAGCCUAAUGCAGUAAUCUGGGGUGCAUUCUUGAAUGCAUGCAAAGUUCACAGCAACGUGGAGCUUGGCGAGAUUGCAGCAGCUGAACUCACCAGGUUAGAUCCAGAUGACCCCUGGGCAAAGGUGAUGCUAUCCAGCUUGUAUGCAAAAGCACAGGACUGGAGCAGUCUAGCCAGGGAGAGGAGGGAGAUGAACAGCUUGCAGAUGAAGAAAACACCAGGGUGUAGCUCAAUUGAGCUUGAUGGAGAGGUGCAUGAGUUUGUUGCUGGUAGUUUUCAGCAUCCUCAGCAUGGUGAAAUUUGCACUGUACUAGAGAACGUCGAAGCACAAACACAUGCUGGCUAAAGGGAUGUGGAUGCCUCAUGCCCUCAUCAGUUGAGGUUUUUGUUCUGCCAAUGAAUGUUAGCAUGUAGUUACAAGUUUCAUGGGCCUUCAGUCCCUUCACUGGUAGAUUAACUGACCUUUGUGCUUUCAAUUAGCCUGUGGAGGUCUGAACCUGGCCAUGUUGGUAAGAAUUGAAGGAGGUUACCAUUAGGGACCAGAGUGAAUGACAACAUGCUGACAAAAAUCUGUUCAGGUUGACCAUGCUGGAAGUUGUACUAACAAUUGAAGCUAGUGGAGGCAUAGCACCAAUUGUGAUUGUGCUGCAGCUUUGUAUGUCAGUGGACAAGAGGUGUAUCAGAGAGAAGCACUUCAAGGUUAAUUUGUUGAGCAAACUGGAGAUGCUAGAAUUGGUAUUUUGGCAGGUGUUGUAUGCUUUCCAGCAUGGCGUGUUUUAUUCAACUGGUCAAGUCUUUCAGAAGCUGGAAGCUGAGCAUGGAUAGCACUUUGUGUUGUAUCACAAUGGGUCCAUUUGCCGAUGAUCAUUGAAUCGAAUUGCUCUCUGAGUGGUGAAUGCUCUGAAGACUUCAAAAUAUGGUAGAUCUGAGAUUAUCUUUCAUGCAUAUGCAUGUCGAGGAAGGUAUGGAGGUGAUGCGUGUUCUUCAGAAAGUGGAGAUGCAUCAAGUGAACCUCGAGUGAAAUUAUAUGGUGCAUUUGUUAGCCAAUUAGCUAGGACUGUUCAUACAGCUGUUUGAUUAAGCCAAAUACCUAAUUGUAUUGUCCAUCUAGUAGAACCUAACUGCAACUUGCCCUCUUAUAAUCAACAAAAAUACGUUUGCGUUUGCCCUAAAAAAGGUUGAGGUAUGGACCAUCACAUGCAAGAAAACAAAGGACCUGCUAUUGUCUUC